AUGUUCUCUCUACCAAGUCUAGCACCGCAGGAUUCCUACUCCCUCUGGUACACCUCCUCGACAACGCCCCAUCCAUCCGCCUUCACCACUCCUCCCGCCCAAGGUGCCCCGAGCGACGCCCAAGCCCAGCAGCAGCACCCGCAGCAGCAUCCACGCCACCGCCAGACCCAGCGUACUCCGCUCUCGCGCCUUCGCCAGGAUGAAGAAUACCUCGCGCUCCGCAAGCAAAACAUCCAGAACUACGGCUCCGGAUGGAUCAAACCCCCUGGCGUCUCCAAAUCCCUGCACCAGCUCCGCGAGGAGAAGCGGGAGAUGGAAGAGCACCAGGAGGCCCUGCGCCGCGAAGCGCUCGCGCAGGAGCUCGCCGAGGCCGAGGCGGCCGAGAUGGGCAAUGAGCUGUUGCAGGGCGAAGACAUGGGUACCGAGAUGGGGGACAUGGGCAGGGAUCUGGACGAUGAAGUGCCGGAUGCUGAUGAGGAUGCGAAUGGGACGGCGGGGCUACUGGAUAGUAGCGACGAGGGGAGUGAUAUAGAGGAGGAGGAAGAAGAGGGUGGAGGGCAUAUGCAAGAUUUCCCCGCAAACGUUCUGGCGUCAAGGUUACCGGAUGAUGUUUAUCGCGAGGCUUUGGUUCGAGGCGAUGAAGUCAGACGCUCGCAGUUCAGUGGGGAGGGCUCGGUAGGAGAUGGGGAGGAAGCCGCGGGGGAUUUGUUGCAAGAGGAAGACUUGAUUCAUGAACAUCGUCAUCAGCAGAGACAGUAUGAUCUGGACAUGGACAUAGAUGCCGACCUGGACGCGGAUAUCCCUGAAGCAUCGGCUGACGGCUACGAGCACACGGAUACCGAGGAGGAACUAUCGAGUAGUGACGACGACGGUGCCGACGAGAGUCAAAUUUCACGACAUCAGGCUGCGAUGAGUAUGGUUAGGAGUGAUGGGACGCAGAAUAGUAUGGACUUGAGUAACCUGAUGGCAGACAGUAGCGAGAUGGGAAGUCCUCCGAGACGAGCGUCUAGACGGAGCGCCUCUAACAGAUCGGCUGGGCGGCCGUCGUAA